ACGUAAACGAUGGCGGUGAGUGAAAUCUAGAAACAGUAAGCAAGUUCAACCUCUCUCUGCGAGCUAUUUUGUGGCUGCGAGCUGACUCCUACAACACUGGUAAACAAGAUGAAGGAAGGCGCCCCGAGAAUCGUCUGACACCAAAACAAGUCAAUAAGUGUGUUGGUGUGGAGCUGAUGUAGUCACCAUGGAUGGUGGUUUGUUGUCUCUCAAGUGGAACAACCACCGCUCCACCUUCCUCCAUGUCCUCUCCACUGUGAGACAUAAGGAGUCCUAUUGUGAUGUAACUAUAGCCUGUGAUGGAAAGUUUUACCCGGUGCACAAACUUGUGCUGUCCACAUGCAGCGAGUACUUUGAGCAGAUGUUUGAACGCACCAACUGCCGUCAUCCUAUCAUCGUGCUCAAGGAUAUUCGCAAGGAGGAUUUAGAGGCCCUGCUAAACUACAUGUAUGUUGGUGAAGUCAAUGUCCUCCAAAACAACCUCUCGGGGCUAAUUAAAGCAGCCGAAGGAUUGAGAAUUAAGGGGUUAGCAGUACCUGAUGAGUCGCCAGUGGAAGAAUCAACCCAAGAUGCCAAGCGUAGCAUCCCCUGGGGUAGUGAUGGCCCUGAUAGCAAGCGCAGACGGCCAGAAGAGCAGUCCCCAUCCCCUCAGAAGACUGUUCAUGCAUCCCAAGACAAGGGCACACGGGAGAGGUCACCUGCAGGAUACCGAGAACCCUUCAGAAUUCCCCCAAGGAGCAGAGAAUCCAGUCGAGGAUCAGCUGUUAGUCCUAGCCCAGUGCCUGUUGCCCCUAGUCCUGAGACUCACCAGACCCCCAGCACCCCACUGCCUGAGGCUGCCCCUGACCUGCUCCACCCAGCCACUCGUGACCUUCCUGUACCACCUCAACCAGCCCUCAGCAAUGAUUCAACUAACUCAAGUGAAUCUACUAUGCCAGCUGAGCCAGAGAUGAAGGUGGACGAGCCACUAGUCAAAGAGGAACCACAAGAGACAUAUAGCGAGGCAGACGAGACCAAAGACUCCCUACAAGACUCAGACCCAAGUCUUAACUAUUCCCAGCACACCAGCAGUCUAGUAGGGGGGGAGGCAGGGGCAGGAGCUGGGGCAGGGUCUGGUGGCACAGGAAGUUACACUGCACAGCCCCUCAGACCCACCAAUCAGCCUCAGACCUUAGAGGAGCUGGUGGCAUUGCCUGGAGCUUCAGGACUGCAAGGGAAAAGUUUGUGGGAAGGUGACCGGGCAUUGCUAGGGAUGCCUUAUGAGGGCUACACAGCAAACCAAGCCAGAGCUCCCCAAAUGUUUCCGACCGAUAACUACCGCAAAAACACCACUCGGCCGCCAGCCGCCACUGCCUAUGCACUCACACUCACCACAACCAACCACAAAGAUGAUGGUGGAGUUGUGGGUGUGCCAAGCAGUGUUGGGAAUCGCUUUACUUGUAGCUUCUGUCACAAGACAUUCGACCACAAGAACAACUUCAGGAAGCACGUUCGGACCCACACGGGAGAGAAGCCGUACAUGUGCUCGUACUGUGCCUACUGCUCAGGACGCUCAGACCUCUUGCGAUUACACUUACUGAAAAGGCACCCCUAUGCAUCCAUAUGAGGGACCAGACUCUUUACGGCAGUGUUCAUUGACGGACGUGUACGUACAUCUGUGAAGGGACAGACUCGCGCUGAACCACUGAUGUGACUCUUAUUCCACAUUUAUGUUGUAGGAAAUUUUAACUCACUUUCAUAUUGCUUUCAUUGAGUUUACCUCCAUAAGAAAAUAGAUAUAUGAAUAAGGCAAAACUCAUUCCUUCUUACAGUCAUGCCACCAGUGUGUUGAAUCAAAUGGAAGGAUGAUGUGUAAUUAAAUAAAUGCUCAUUGAAGAAACAAGUUGCUUUUUGCAUUAAAUAUGUAAAAAACUGUAAUUGCAUUAAUCUGUAACAAAAAGCUACAUGAGGGUACAACUUAUUUUAUAUUGAUCAAGAUUAGAUUAUUGUUCAAUAAAAUAGUGACAAAAUUUUCUAUAAUUUUAUAAUUUUGUUCUAAAACAUUUAUAUCAAAAGCUCAUGUCUGGACGCCACUUAUCGGAGCAGAUUCCUUUCUAAAGAUCAUUUGAAGACUUAUGAAAUUAAUUGAUAAACAAAAUCAGACUAAUUGGAGGAAACAUUCACAUAAUAGUGUACACCUAAAGAAGAGGAAAAGCAAAAGUUUAAAAAUUUUAUGUAACAGGUUGGCAUAUAAAGUAUGUCAGGAUCAGAGCACCAGUACAGUGUCAUAAAACCAUUUAAGGCACACACUUCAACUGCUGUGUCUUGCAUGUCACAGUAGCUGCACAUCUUGGAAACAUUUCAUAGUCUAUCAUAUUAACAAAGUGAAAGUGAUCUUUCCCCUUCCUGUCCAGCAUCCACAAAAUAAAUUCAGGUAUUCUACAUCAGAAGUCACUCUAGAUGAUGUAGCCAACAAGCAAUGUUCAUGUCAUUUUGGAUGGGUAGUUAAUGUUUGGCUCAACCAGACAGCCCUUCAUGGAUUCCUAAAGUAUAAAACUAAGAAAACAUGCCUCUCCAUUUCUAUUGAUUGAUCUGAAUAUUUCUAAAUAGUGUUACAUGAGGAGUGAGGGGGAAUGGCUGGGCUUGCCCAACAGAUUAAGUGGAACAGAUUCUGUGUACACUUAUUGUGAAAUUAUAUUUGAAAGCAAUGAUAAUCACAAAAAACUAUCAAUGUUUGCUCUACCUGAACUUCUGAUGCAAAACUCAAAUACUAUAUUAUGUACUACAGUACAUAAUCUUUUUUCUUUUAUUAUCACUUUUCUCAAGUGCAAAGAUGUGUGAACACAAUUAUUUAAACCUCUAUUGAUGGUGCUUUUGUCAUUUCAACCUUUGAUUUUUGUUUGAUAAAUGUUAUCUAGUAAUGGAAUAUUAUAAAGCUUUAAUUGUUUCAAAACUUAAUAUUAAAAACAUCCUUUCUUUCCAUGAAAUGCCCAAAAGGACUGUAAUUGUCAAACUAAGACACAGAACGAAGUAAAGAAAUCAAGCAAGAAAAUGCUGUUAGGAGUCCCAAGAAGCAGGCAUCAAAAUAAGUUAGGACAAACAAGACUUGUGAACCCGGCUGUGGCGGUGUUUCCUAGUGAAUCAAUGUAAUGGAGUGCAACACACACAGCAGACUUCACCAUGUAUUUCACACGGGUAGAAGGCUUGAAACAGUACACAAGUUUUUGUAAAUUAAUAUAUAGCUCAACUUAUUGUACAUAAUAAUGUAUGUUGAUUGUGUAAAAAAAGAUAUUUAAAGGGCAGAACUUUUAAAUACAAGUUAAG